AUGCUUUCGUGGAAGUCACUGAGUUUGUUUCUGGUGCUAGCAGUGGUUACCACCAGUGCUCUGAACGAAAUGAAACUAGAAGCUGAGGAUGUCGCAACAGAUGCUUCCUACAUUAACAGAUUCUACAUGAGAUCAAACGCCAGUGGUGAAAGAACUAUCUUAGUUCGAAACUCCCAGUCACUGUAUGCUUUGAUUUGUAUCCAGGAUCAGCAGGAUUUUCAACUAGCUGAUAUUGUCUACUCAACUGAUGGAUUUUCUGAGCCGCUCAAUGUAUAUCUGAAUGAUAACAUCAUUGGAAUCUUCGUGACUCACCAAGAGCAAGGAAAUGGCCAUCUAUGGAACGAGUUUCACCACACUGGUCCAGUUAGUCAGGAAAUCAUGUUACCACCUGGACAGCACAAUAUCAGUAUCGUUCUGGAACAACCAGAUCCACGAGGUGCUGAAAUAGAUUACCUACUACUGGCGUUCUCCGACAGUGCCACAGUAGACCAGAUCCUGUGUCCAUACCACGAAUACUCCAACCUUCCAGGGGUAGGAGAUCAAACGAGGCAAGCUGGACCUGUUUAA